GGUGACGGAAAACAGUGCGUUCCUUUUUCCCUUUUCCAGUUUGGCUUGUAGUGAAAAAAAAAACGGAAUUAAAUUAUUGGCAGCUUUCUUGUUUGACUCACCAGCUUCUCCGUGAUCCGUUUGUUACAAUGCGAACGUGUGAACUACUAUGUUUGGACCGGGUUUAAAAAGUUCGUCCGCAAACGUUCGGAACCCGCGGGCAAGGCUUGGCUCGGCAACAUCCGCAGCUGCUGCACCAUUAUCAUCAUCCUCCGCGUACUGCCCAUCGAUCGGAGAGACGCACGAAACCCGUAGCAUCCAACGAAAGUCCAGUGGUGCCUUACCGCCGAAUGUAGAUGGUCGGCCGCGUGGUACAUUAGCUAUCGGGUUUGGUAACUUCCUUGAAUCUCCCCGCGUAACUGCGGGUGGUUCGCCCGCGAGCGUUGGUAUCCGCUGGAACAGCACGAAAGUGUACGCUGCAGUUGAUCUGCAGGUCGUUUGGUGGGGACAGAAGGCAUCCACCCCGCUGGCAACACUUCACUGGGCAGAGGGAGCAAAGAAUAGUGACCGCGUCGAUUACGAAGUGUGCACCAGUGCAGAGCUAUUCCGACGGUAUCUGAAAAGCAGCGAACCGGUGCGCCUGCGGUUGUACUCCAAACGCACCCAAACGCUAAUCGGCACUGCCAAGGUAUCGAUUCCGGAGAAGAUAAUCAAUUUCUGCGACACCGCCGAACCAGCACCAGCCCCACAAAGCUGCGGAGAGAUUCUCAGUGUGCGAGGCUUUCGACUCGGUGAACUUUGCUUAGAAUUCUCCCUUACAUUCGAUCCCAAGGAGCUUCCGGCAAAUCAUCCUUCCAAACCCGUCAGCGCACAGUCCCAGAAGGGAAAAGAAAAUCGUAAAAUGUUAUGUAUCGAGCAAAGGGCAGCUCCCCUGAAACCCUUCCCAUCCGCAUCGAAUUCGGCGCUGGUUGUGGAAGGAAAAAUAGCUCCACUUCACGAAAGUUCACAGCGUGCUCUGGCCGAUGGAAUCCAUCAGCAAGCGGCGAAGAAAAAGUUUACCACUUUGGAUCACGACAAAAGGCGCAAAGUGCUGGAUUAUCUAACCGGAAAACCGUUCGAUGAUGGGAGGUCCCGCUGCUCGUCGGAACUUUCGGCACUCAGUGAGAUUUGUUCCAUAUCGCCCGCGGAAAGCAUGCUGGAAGCACUCGCCCGAUACGAUGCUGCACCGGAACGUAACAAACAACCCUACCUGCAGGCCGUCGAUUGCAUUCGUGUGCUGCUGGAAGGAUUGCGACUUACGCGGGCCGGUAUGAAGGAAAUGCAACAUCGUACAAAACACCAGUGGUUAGCACCGGCAACGUCCGGUUUCAUUGUGAAGAUGAAGCUUUCGCGCAAUCCCAACACAACGCUGCUUAAAUUUAACUCCACCUCGAUGGCUUUCGAUAAUGCGGAGGUUCUGUUCGACGGUCAACCCAAAACCACAAAAAUUGCCCUUCCCAAAGGUGGAGAUGAAGGAUUAUCGUUUGAGUUUAGUAUCCAUCUGAACGUCGGUAGUUGCUUCGGAAAGGCACGGCUUUUCAUGCUUGGAACGGCCUGCGUUACAUUGCGCGAGUUGCUAGAUGGUCGCCUAAGCUGCUACAAACGUUGUCCAGUUCGGUUGGCAUCGGAUGAUAUUCUGCUCGGUACGCUAACGCUACGCAUGCAUCUGGGACGCCGGGGACUUCACUUUGGCUCGGAAUUGAUCGAUGCCGUAAUGGUGGACGAUGGUAACGUAACGCUUGAUUCUUCAAGCGAUAGCGACACGUGGGAUGAUGGUCCUACGUGUACGGAACCAUUGCCACAAACUUCAACUCAUCAUUAUUCUCAUAGGCCACAUUCAUGUGGCCAUCAGUCAACAAGCGCCCCGUUACGCCAUCGUGGCUUAUUUCCACAUGCAAGCUGGACAUGCACAAGACACAUCGGUUGUCCGACGGAUAAUCAAAGCCCUUCUCAAACCAACGAGACGAAUGCAUCGAAAAAUCCACAAUCGAAUCCGGCUGGAAAUGAGAACCGUGACGGAAUGGUAAAGAAAAACCAGAAUGAACCACCCGGGCAGUCACAGCCGGAACCGAAACCAAUGGAAACGGAAACAAGUGCUCCAGCUGAGCGUGUGAAGCUGCUCCACGGUAUACUUCAUCUUGGUCAGCUACGAUCGCUUCCGGUCGAUGAUUACUUUCUCGUUUGUAAUUCAUUCUGGACGGAUGAACCGGUUUCACUAACAUCGGAACUUUGUCCCGAAGGGGGUGAUUUUAAUUACCUUCACACGUUCCCAGUGCUCGCAAAUGCGACCUUCAUCGAGCGUGUUCGCAAUCAGUACAUGAAGGUGGAACUUUGGCAAAAACCGAAAGGUGAGCCGGAGAAGCUGAUCGGAUUGACGCGUCUGCCGCUGCAUCAGUUCUACAUUGCGUUCCGGGAUGCGCAGCUGAGUGAACAUCUGUCCCACGCCAAGCUGCCCGUCAUUUCGAUCGAUGGUUGGAGCGGCAUCGGAUCACCGCUGGCCGCGGAACCGUGUGGAGAAAUCAGAGCGAUACUAGCGAUUGGCACCGAGAGUCAGAUUGAGCAUUUUAAAACCAUGCGCAAUCUGCAGCACGUAUCGAGUGAUGUGCCACGUUCGCUAGCGAAUCGUGCCAGUGUGCCCUCGUCCACGGUAGGAUCACCUACACGCCGUAUCUAUCCACGGCCCGAGCACAAAUCAAUACAAACGAUGAGUACCGGUACGAAGCAGCCCCAAACAUCCGAGGUGGCGAACAUGCUGUCGGCGUUCAUCGAAAAUCUUGCCCAACGUUUGCCGAUCUCGUCGGAGCGUAGUACGGCACCGAGCUACGAUCACAAUAACACCUCCAUCGACCAACCGAUGGAUACACCGCAAGGUGGAGCAUCACCACACUCGAAUGCAAACAGACCUCAGCUGCGCAAAACGGCCGAUCUGCUCGACAACCUGCAGAAAGCCCUGUCGCAAAGGCCUCCCGCUUCAGCGCUCGAUGGGUUCGGUGGUUUGGGAGGGUUAGGUAUGGCAACGCUGCUCGGUGCUGCCACUACGCCGGCCGAUCAAACACCGCCAGCAGCGGGCGCUGGUAUUGGGAGUGGACAAUCGCUUGAGCUUACGGCACCAAACGACGAUGCUGGCCCAACUGGAGCCAUCGAAAGCGGCAUGGAUUCCCAACCAACGACAGAGAGCUCUACGGCCAGCAGUAAGCCGACAGUGAGCACUGAACUCACCACGUCCGUACCGAUGGACGAAUGCAAAGUGUUCCGUGUGGCGAUCGAGAUCGAGCAGGCGGUAAAUUUGCCGAAGCUUACGAUUAGCAAAAAGUAUGCCAAGCGACACAAGACGCGCAAUGUGCCGGAUACGCUGGAACUAGAGCCGAGUGCGUAUGCCACCUUUGAAGGGUACAAUCUAAAACCCGGUAUGCCGAAUACGGUCAAAUCGCACGAAGGUAUCGUGUACACGACGCACGUACUGGAGCGAAACUGUGCUCCCGGUUGGCAGAAGCGCUUCGAGGUGCAACUUCCCGUUGAUUUAAUGCUGAACGACGAAAAACGAUUCAUACUUAAAGUUUGGCGUAAGGCGGCACUGAGCGAUGCGCCCAAGUGUCGAUUACUGCCCGCCCCGAUGGAGGAUGCCGUGAUCGGGUUCUGUGCGAUCGAUUUGAGUGUGCUACUGUCGGGCAUGCCGUACAUUCUCGGUUGGUACAACAUUAUGGACUUUUCCGGACGCUGUAACGGCCAAAUUAAGGUGAAUGUACAACCGCUGGAAAAUGUACAAGUAUACAAAACGCUCGACGAGCAGAUGAACUUUCAAAUACCGCUCUCGAUCGAUGUGGACUGUACGGCGAUCGGGUUUGAUGCAGCCAACAAUACGUCGCUCAGUCGGGCACUGAAGCGCAAGUUUACCGAAUUGGAAGAAAUCACAGAACGGUUGAAGGCACGCCUGUUCGAUGUGACCGGCGAUGAAGGGGAUGAUGAUCAGUUUGAGCACGAUCUCAACACGGAAGCGGAAGAAGAGGAAGACGAAUGCUGGCCGGAUCAGUUCGGUGAUAUGUCGAACCAGAAGCGCAACAGUCAGUAUCCGAACGGUGCACUAACGCUCACAACCAACACAUCGUCCUACUCGAUGUGUGCCACCGAUCGGCGCGUAAACGAUCCACCGGAACGGACGCUUACCGGUUGCUCGAACCAGAACCAGACUCAGCUGCAGCUGGAAGAGUUGAUCCAAACCCACGACAUCGAUACGCUGAUUAAUCCGGCCAUCAUAAAGAAUCUCCUCAAUCCAUCUAAUUCGGAUGAAACGCCACCGCUCGGUGACGGCGGUAGCGCACUAGAGGCAGCGACCGAUGAGGACAUGAGCGAUACCAAUUCUUCGUCCCGAUCAUCGCUGCUGCCGGUCGAUACGAAUGGAGCACCAGCGGCGGCUGGGAGUGGCGAUAAGGUGCGACAGAUUGCUUCCGCCCUACAGAGGACCACCAUAUCCGAUGCGAGCUGCGAUACGAGUCCCAGACCAGCGACCGGUAAAUGCCGUGAAGCGCCAGAAGGCGAACCGAUGAAGGAUGUUAAUAAUUAAGACAGUGGGGAAAGGCGCACAAGAACAAGAGUUUCGUUUUAAUCUUACUUUUAACCGCUUUAGCAAACUUCUCGAGCGAGAUACUGGCGGAUUAUUGUAGUUUGUAGUAUUUAUCCAUUGUGCACACUAUUACGGUCGGUAAGCAUUGUACUGUGUUCGUGCUCGAAAGGAAGCGAACACAUUUUAUGUAGGAAGAAAGAUCGGACAAACUUUUGACAACGAUUUGUAUUAACUUUGGAAUCAAUACUAAGCUCUUCAAUUAUGUGUAAA